AUGUCUCGUCCGCAGCAGCGGAAUCAACCAGCGGUUAUCCUCUUGCAUCGUGGCGGCCACGCGCGUGGUGAACAGCAACGAGAGCCCGGUCGUGUGUACAGCGAGACUCGUCCAGUCGACGGCGGAGAGGACGCCCUAGUGAGCGCAACAGUGCCGAAAAUCGCAUUUAACGGCGGGCGUCUGCAGGAAAGCAGUGGCGGAGAGAAGGCCAGAAGAGACAAGCGAAACACCUCGUUCCAGUCGUCGCUGGCGAAUCGCAGCGUCAGGAGACGAUGUUGCGCCGAGAUCAGCGUUUCCUGGAAGACCUCGCCAGCUAACCUCCGCCCGGUCGCGAAGGUCAAGUUGGCCAGCGUGGAGAACCGGCGUAGAUCCGCCGCCACGGCGGCUAUCUAUGGCCCAAGAGACGGCGUGCGUGGUGCGCAGCUCGUGGAUAUCGGCGCCCAGGGCGAGAUAGGGCUGCCAUCGCAUGCGGUUGGCGAAGAAAUAGGGAUCGUUGCCUGUCACCAGGGCGAUGUCAGCACGACGAUUACAAUCAUGAUCUAUCGAGCAUCGAGUCCCGACGUUGACGCGCCGCCUCGCAGCCUCACGAUCUGCCGCAGUCCCGCCAUGUGCUGGCGGGCCACGCUGGAUCGGGCGACUAGCGCUGUCAUCAUCACCAAGGCAACCACGGUGGCGAUGGUGGUGUCCGAAGUAGAGGAUUCUGGACAGCCGAGUUGCAACAGAUCCUGGCUGGCCCAUCACCCUGCAAAUAUCUACCUGGCCGCUCGCAGCCACACCAAGGCAGAGGCCGCGCGAGACCGUAUCCGAGCUAUAUCCACGGCUGCUUCCAUCGUUGGUAUCACCAUCCUGGAGCUGGAUCUGGCAUCAUUGGACUCGGCCAGAAAGGCUGCCGCUCGUGUUGAUCGGGAGGUCACACGGCUGGGCCUCCUACACCUCAACGGCCGAAUUGUCAUGACGCCGUACGACACCGCCGUGGACGGGUUCGAACUGCAGUUUGGCACCAACUAUCUCGGCCAUGCACUGCUAAUGCAACUGUUGAUGCGCAAGCUGUUGGCCACGGCGCGUCGGCCGCAUGCCGAUGUACACAUCGUGUCCAUGUCCUCAGUGGGACAGGAUAUUUGCGACCGAAAAGGGCAUCGCGUUCGACCAGCUCCGAUCCCACAUGUUAUUCCAGUCCGGCUCAACGCUGUACUCCCAGGCUAUGCUGGCCAAGAUCCUCUUCUGUCGCGGUUGGCGCGACGGUAA